AUGUUCCCGCUGACCUCCCGUCGCUCCCGUCGCAGACCACAGCGCUCCGACGGAUUUUCCAACCACCAGUCCUCCUUUAAUGGGACGAAUCCACGGCUGUUCCUUUCCUUUGUCAACAGUCGAUGCCAGUCCGGUGCCUAUUCCGACCGGCCAACCACAACAGCGUUCCGGGCCGCGGCGCUGGGGGCGGGAGCGUGUAAAUACCUCCACAUUACUGGCAUAGUUCAGACGGAGCAAAGCACAGUCGCAGCCUCCGCACUUCUUUCCUUGAGUUUGGCGAACGGUGAGAGUUCAGGGCGAGAGGAGAGCUUUAAAGAAAAGAGCGUUCAGAAAUCUGCGGUUCAAGUGGAAAAGGUGCGGAUCGACGACAGGUCAGAGAACCACAGAGAAGACAGGGGGCGUAACCAUAACAACCACACACGGGUCAGGAAGCAGCCCAAACAUCCACACGGGAACCACUCGCGGGGCUAUCAAGAAGGACAGUGUCAGCACAGUCUCAUCCGGACAGUCAUCAGGACAGUCUCAUCAGGACAGUCUCAGGACAUUCUCAUCAGGACAUUCUCAUCAGGACAGUCUCCUCAGGACAGUCUCCUCAGGACAGUCUCCUCAGGACAGUCUCAUCUGGACAGUCUCAUCAGGACAGUGUCAGGACAGUCUCAUCAGGACAGUGUCAGGACAGUCUCAUCUGGACAGUCUCAUCUGGACAGUCUCAUCAGGACAGUCUCAUCAGGACAGUCUCAUCUGGACAGUGUCAGGACAGUCUCAUCUGGACAGUCUCAUCUGGACAGUCUCAUCAGGACAGUCUCAUCAGGACAGUCUCCUCAGGACAGUCUCCUCAGGACAGUCUCAUCUGGACAGUCUCAUCAGGACAGUCUCAUCAGGACAGUCUCAGGACAGUCUCCUCAGGACAGUCUCAGGGCAGUCUCAUCAGGACAGUCUCAUCUGGACAGUCUCAUCAGGACAGUCUCAUCAGGACAGUCUCCUCAGGACAGUCUCCUCAGGACAGUCUCAGGGCAGUCUCAUCAGGACAGUCUCAUCUGGACAGUCUCAUCAGGACAGUGUCAGGACAUUCUCAUCAGGACAGUGUCAGGACAGUAUCAUCUGGACAGUCUCAUCUGGACAGUCUCAUCAGGACAGUCUCAGGACAGUCUCAUCAGGACAGUCUCAUCAGGACAGUCUCAGGACAGUCUCCUCAGGACAGUCUCCUCAGGACAGUCUCAGGGCAGUCUCAUCAGGACAGUCUCAUCUGGACAGUCUCAUCAGGACAGUGUCAGGACAUUCUCAUCAGGACAGUGUCAGGACAGUAUCAUCUGGACAGUCUCAUCUGGACAGUCUCAUCAGGACAGUCUCAUCUGGACAGUCUCAUCAGGACAGUCUCAUCUGGACAGUCUCAGGACAGUCAUCAGGACAGUCUCAGGACAGUCUCAUCUGGGCAGUCUCCUCAGGACAGUCUCCUCAGGACAGUCUCAUCAGGACAGUGUCAGGACAUUCUCAUCAGGACAGUGUCAGGACAGUCAUCUGGACAGUCUCAUCAGGACAGUCUCAUCAGGACAGUCUCAUCAGAACAGUCUCAUCAGGACAUUCUCAUCAGGACAGUUUCAUCUGGACAGUCUCAUCAGGACAGUCUCAUCAGGACAGUCUCAUCAGAACAGUCUCAUCAGGACAUUCUCAUCAGGACAGUUUCAUCAGGACAGUCUCAUCAGGACAGUCUCCUCAGGACAGUCUCCUCAGGACAGUCUCCUCAGUACAGUCUCAUCAGGACAGUCUCAUCAGGACAGACUGAUCAGGACAGUCUCAUCUGGACAGUCUGGACAUCUGGACAGUCUCAUCAGACUACUGGACCUGACUCUGCUUCCAACAUCACUGCUGUGUCCCACUAACACUAACCUCACCCCGUCCUCACCCUGUCCUCACCCCGUCCUCACCCUGUCCUCACCCUGUCCUCACCCCGUCCUCACCCCGUCCUCACCCCGUCCUCACCCCGUCCUCACCCUGUCCUCACCCCGUCCUCACCCCGUCCUCCCCCGUCCUCACCCUGUCCUCACCCCGUCCUCACCCCGUCCUCACCCCGUCCUCACCCCGUCCUCACCCCGUCCUCACCCCGUCCUCACCCCGUCCUCACCCCGUCCUCACCCCGUCCUCACCCCGUCCUCACCCCGUCCUCACCCCGUCCUCACCCCGUCCUCCCCCGUCCUCACCCUGUCCUCACCCCGUCCUCACCCCGUCCUCACCCCGUCCUCACCCUGUCCUCACCCCGUCCUCACCCCGUCCUCACCCCGUCCUCACCCCGUCCUCACCCCGUCCUCACCCUGUCCUCACCCGUCCUCACCCUGUCCUCACCCUGUCCUCACCCCGUCCUCACCCCGUCCUCACCCCGUCCUCACCCCGUCCUCACCCUGUCCUCACCCCGUCCUCACCCCGUCCUCACCCUGUCCUCACCCUGUCCUCACCCCGUCCUCACCCCGUCCUCACCCCGUCCUCACCCCGUCCUCACCCCGUCCUCACCCCGUCCUCACCCCGUCCUCACCCCGUCCUCACCCCGUCCUCACCCCGUCCUCACCCCGUCCUCACCCCGUCCUCACCCCGUCCUCACCCCGUCCUCACCCCGUCCUCACCCCGUCCUCACCCCGUCCUCACCCCGUCCUCACCCCGUCCUCACCCCGUCCUCACCCCGUCCUCACCCCGUCCUCACCCCGUCCUCACCCCGUCCUCACCCCGUCCUCACCCCGUCCUCACCCUGUCCUCACCCUGUCCUCACCCUCCUCCCCCGUCCUCACCCUGUCCUCACCCCGUCCUCACCCUGUCCUCACCCCGUCCUCACCCGUCCUCACCCGUCCUCACCCCGUCCUCACCCUGUCCACCCUGUCCUCACCCUGUCCUCACCCCGUCCUCACCCUGUCCUCACCCCGUCCUCACCCUGUCCUCACCCUGUCCUCACCCCGUCCUCACCCCGUCCUCACUCUGUCCUCACCCCGUCCUCACCCCGUCCUCACCCUGUCCUCACCCUGUCCUCACCCCGUCCUCACCCCGUCCUCACCCUGUCCUCACCCCCCGUCACUGCCAUGA